GAUCGAUGUGCUUAACACGAUAUCGAUUUAUUAUCUUUUACCUUUUACUGUCAAUGGAGUUCUGAAAACAGUCUUAAAGCAAAACCACUCUUUUGAGUUAUUUUUACGGAGCUACUAUGAAUAUUAAUUGUAUUGUCUUUCCAUUUUCACAAUCCAAAAUUCCCUUGAAAUUAAUCAGAAAGGAUUUUUCCGCCUAAAAGAAGAAAGUAAUAGAAAUCAAAAUAAGUCCCCAAUAAAAAGAAGACAGUAUUUUAAUUUCAGUCCAUAAAAUAAAUAGGAUAAUGGACCAAGAUGAGGUAAUUAAGCAGUUGUUAUCAAAAACGGGAUGGACUUGCGACGACUUGAUACAGCGUUUGAAUACAUUUAAAAGUGCAACCGUUAUUGCCGAAAACCAAGUUUUAUCACCACAGUUCUGCAAUGCUACCGAAACAGCAAGCACAUCUUCCAGUAUGUUAAAACACGAUAAGGAUCAUAUUGGGACUGAAGAUGUUUCUGAAUUACAUAGUUUUACCAAAGAAAUACAAUCAUUAAAUUCCGAUGAUAACAUUGAAUUUUUAAAUAAGAAGGAUGCAGGCAACGAAGAAGCUCAGGUUGCAGAUAGUCCAAAACUUAAUAUUGCAACAAUUGAAGUUAACAAAGGAUGUCAGGUUGUAGCAAAAAAUGGUGAAACUGAUUCAAUAAAGCGACAUGAAGACAACAAGACAAUCAAAAACUUGGGCAAUACUGUAUGUUUACCCCACACAUCAAGUUUAGAAACAAAUUAUGUUUCUAAAGGAAACGAUUUUGCUGCAGGUUUUAAAUCUUCUGUGAAUCAUACAAACACUAUAACUUACACAAAGAAAAUUUUAGAUAAAAACAAAAAAAUUGUAAUCAAAUCUAUUAAAACAGGUACAAAUUUAAAUAACGCAGACGUUAAGAAUGCACAUGGUGCAUUAGUUAACUCAUCUAACUUAUUUAGCGUUGCUACAGAAGCCAAUAUUCAUAAUAUUUCUUCUUCUAUGUCUACAACAACAGAUAAUAAUUUUUUAUACGAAGAUGUGUCUACAAAAAAUGAUAAAAUACAAUUUAAAAAAGCUGAUUCAGCGAUACUCAAGUGUCAUCCUAAAAAAAAAAGUUUCCUUAAAAUUACCGAAGCAAGUUAUGUUAAUAAUAACUCUCCUACCUUGAAAUGUUAUAAAAAUAACAAAAGCUCCCUAAAUGGCUCUGUUCUUUUAAAAUAUAAAGAUUUGGUUAGUUCAGAAAUGACGAAAAAUAUUGAUUUACCUGAAAAAGAAAGAAAACAGGAAUUGCCUAAGGUUAAACUUACUAAUUUAGACACUAAUGAUGAUAGUAAAAGUGUGGUUGACGGCAUUAACUACACUACCAAGCUCGAAACCGCUAGUGAACCUUUAAAUGUUAAAUCUAAAACAGAUAAGGCGUUAAAUAUUGUUAUGAAAGUUAAUGAAAUGAAAAAUUCCAAAACAAUAAGAGAUAUUUUAAACGUUACAGAAAGAUCAUUGACGAACGACCAGUGUGAAAAUAUAAAUAAAAACGUAAUUCUAGAAGACGCCAAUGAACUAUACAUCCAAACUAAUGAAGUAGAUUUCAUAAUUUCUGGUGUUCAAGGAGGAGUUGAACUAGAAGCUACAAAAAUUGCAAGUUACAAUUGCAAGACUAUACAAGAAGAUAAAAAAAAAUCGAUUUGUGAUGAAAUCAUGGAAAAGGUUCAAAAACAAAAAAAUACGACAAAUUUCAAUACAUUAAAUGUAAUAAAAAAUGAACCUAAUACAAACACAAGUUUAAAUUUGAAAGAAAACAGAAAAUUAUCGAUGGAAAUCUCUCAAUCAUCAUUUAGCAUUGAAAACUCUAAUAUGGCUGAAAAUUCUGGGUUUGGUUGUAUUAAACUAAAUAAUGAUUUGGCAGCUAAUUCUAAAUUUAAUACCAAUCAUGAAGUACCUAAAUUAAUUGCCCAACAAAAAGAUGCAAAAAAAAUAGUUGAAAAGUCAUAUUUUGCUAAAAAAAAAACAAAAUUAAAUAAAUACAUAGACACACCAUCAAUCAAAUAUACUUCAAUGGUUAAACCAAAAACUGUAGCUGAAAAAAGAAGAUUAUUAGAACUAGCUAAGAGAAACGAACUUCAAAUUACAGAAAAGACGAAACCUAAAUGGAAACAACCUACUAAUUUCAAAUAUGUAGAAGUUAAAAAAGAACUCUUAGAUCCACAGAAGAAAAGUCAACUUAAAAUUACAGAAACGCCGAAAGCUAAUCGUAAACAAUCUCAGAGUAUUAAAGAUGGAACAGAUAAAAAGGAACUGAAACAUGCUCGACGUGCCGGUUAUGUAUUAUACACAAAUCGUAAAAUUUUUGUAAAUAGUGCGACACCUAAUAAAUGUGUAGCUAACAUUAAUUGUAUAAAAAGAGAUGCAAAAUCACCUACUCACCGAAAAAAGUUGUCUCUAUUAAAUCAAAGAUAUAAAAGAAGCAAACGACUUUUAUAUCGACCUGGACCUUUAUCCAAAAAAGAACUGUUACAAUUAACUGGUUCGAACUUGUGGAAAACACAACUGUUAAAACUGCCAAAAAUAACCCUAGAAGUUUUUCCACAACAAGGAAAACGAUUCUGUGAUACGGUAUUACACAGAUUGAAUACUAUUGUAGGUGGAGAAAUGGAUAGUGCAAAGAUUGAAUUUGCGUUAUCGGCACUCAAAUCAAAGGCUGAUAAUCAAUCGAACAGUCUCCAAUCUAUUAAAUUUUCAUUAACGUACCAGAAUAAAGUUGAAAAUAUUUUAGUAAGAAAGAAAAAGUUUAUUUCACAAGUUGAACCGAUAAAUAAAAGAAAUUCUUUCAGUUUAACCGUUGAUCACAAAUCCGUAGCUUCUGUAAUUGAAGAUUUAAUAAAGUACGUUGAAAUAAAAGAAAUUGCUUCCACACUAAUUAAAGAAGACGAAAUCAAAGUAAAAGAUGAGAUUGCACCAGAAGCUCAGUUGGAAUUGCCAAUAGAGAAUACUUUAUGUAAUAAACGACGAAAACGUACUAAAGUUGAACGCGAAUUAUUAAGACUUAAUCACAAAGUCGUCAAUGUAGAACUAAAAAAUGACAAAGAAGACGUUUAUAUAGUUUGUAAUAAACCAUACUGCAAAUUAGGGUGUAUAUGUAAUAGUUUAAAAUACGACUUUUUGAGUGAUCAUUGCCAAAAACUUGCUUGCAUGUUUAAUUGCAGAUGUCCCAAACAUAAGUCAUUCAGGUACGAUGAACUCAAUUUACAUUCUGGAACAAAUUUACUCUCAAAAGACACUGUUACUAGAAUCGAAGACGAGGCUAAAAAACAUUUAGCCAAAGUUGAAAGAGAAUUUACACAAACUGUUAUCCAUACCAAUGAUAAAACGAUUCUUAUUGGUGUUGGAGAUCGCGCUAAAAGUAGGAGAGCUGCAAAAGUACCAGCAAAAUUUUUAGAUUUUGUUGCUUCAGAAGAAAAACCAGAAAAUGUAUUACAAAAAUGUUAUGUUAGCUUAGAAAAAUUGGAUCUUUCUGAGGUAAUUCAACUUUGUUUAACUCAUUGUAUGUAUAAUUGUCAAUGUGAGGGUUUAGUCAUACCGGAACAAAAAAAGAAAGUAAAUUAAUUACUUCUAUAAACACUCAGCUCUUACCUGAAAAUGGUAAAAAAGAAAAGAAAUAUAAGAAACAUGAAGAUGAAAUAGAUCACAGAUAUCGUAUUGCCGUUGAUUUAAAUGAAAAUGGUAGUUUAAAUGGAACAGAAGAGGACGAUAAUUGGAUUUCGGAUAAAAACCUACAUUUAAAUCAGAAAUUAAAGAACCUAGUCGAAUUCUUCAACGAGGAAGUGCAAGGUGUAGACCAAUAGAAGCAAAAUAUAAAAGAGUUGAGAAAUAUAAUAAAACUAUACAUAAGAAUGAUUUUAAAUUUAAAGUAACCAAGUUAGAGGAAGAUAAACUACAGGCAUUUAUAGAUAAAAACUUGCCUUUGUCUGAUAGCCAAUUAUUAAAACAUUCUAUUAUUACGGACAAGUAUAUGUCUUUUAAUUUGGCAUUUAAAAAAAAAACAACCCAUGAAUUUCACGAAGAUAGCUCCAAUAGUAUCUUUAAAACAUUGGAUGAGGGAGAAUGUUUUCAGAGACCUAAUGAACAAACGAUGAAGGGCCAAAAAAAUAUUAAUGUAACUCCUGUCUUCGAUGGAGAAAUUAUUAUAGACAAUAGUAAUAUAGAUCUUCUGAAGAAAAUGGGUUCUAAAGAUUAUGCUCGUUUGAUUCCAUGGAAAAGCUUAAUAGAGGGUUUUAGAAACUCAUCUAUAAAUAUUUGGUGCACAGUGAAACAACCUGUAAAAUUACUAAUUAAUAAAUCUGGAAAAACUUGCCCCAAAAACUUCGUAAACAUUUUAUCGGUUUCAGAGAAUAGCCCGAUAAUUACGUGGAUUAAAAGAAAUAAAUUACCUAAGCACUAUCAAGAAGAUUCAUUAUUGUUUCUUCUAAACGAAACUAAAGGUAAUUAUGAAAUAUGUGGUAUCUGUACAAAAAAUAUAACAAGCUCAUCAAAUGAGAUUUCUUCCGACCAAAAUGACGUUGGUGAAGAAUAUCAAAAACCAGAAACACUGUAUCACAAAGAUCUUCAGGGUACUAUAAAGUCAUUUUUAUUGAGCAAAAGACAAUAUAAUAUCCAACAUUUGCUACCUAUCGAAUCUACUGAUAGUAUCCAACCGAUGAAGGUAGCUCUCCCAGAAAUAUUUACCUUUUGUAAAUGGCAGACAAUAUUUUUAAAUUCUGAUUUUACGUUCUUAUUUUUUAAUAAGAUACCAUAUUCUAUUAGAUAUACUGAUUUAAUAUUAAUAGCAGAUUAUGCAAAAGAGAAUAAAUGUACAGUCUAUGUUAGAAAUGAUGAACUGCGAAAGGAAUACAAUCAUAAAUUGUUUGGUAUUUACUUUGUUGAAACUUUUUGUGAUCGUAUAUUUAUCGGACCAUAUUUUAAUUAUGAUGUUGAUAACGAUGUCGAAACCCUAAGGUACGUAAAUAAAUCUCUCAUUUCAUCGGAAUCUUUUAACUUAAUGAGUGGAAAAGAAAAUUCUAAGAGCUGUUAUUGGUUAAAGGAAGCACCCAAGAACAAAAUUUUUGAACUGAAUCAGUCAUCUGAAAUGCGUUAUCAAGAGAUAGAACCUGUAAUCGCUAAAAAAACUAACGAAUCUUGUACGGAUGCAGAGACCACGAUCGACUUGACUUCAGAUGAUGAUGAAUCUAAAACUAAAUCUGAUAUAUCCCAAAAUUCUACUAAGGUUUUUAAUGAUUACUCCCUAGGCAUGGAUAAAAAUAAUUUAGUAAAAAUUAUCGAGGCUUCUCCAAAAAAUCCCGAAGAUUACAAUAGAUAUAUUGUAACAAAUAUACCUCAUUUUGGUUAUCUAGGAGCAUUUAAAAAUGUUAAUGGAGAAAUUGAUGUUUCCUGGCCAUUUGAGAACAAGCUAUUGAGAUUUGGUAAUGAAAAUUCUGCGACUUCGUUCUUACAAAGGUAAGUGCAUUUUUAACUUUUAGUUUUUUACAUAGUUAAUCUCAAUGAAAUUGAUUAAACUA